AUGGUGUUCAUGUUUUCUGGGUUUGAUGACACUAAGUUCACGUAUGUGAACUUAGUUGACGUAGGGUUUAAUUUUGGAGUUCACGUACGUGAAAUUAGAUUACGUAGGUUUGAAAUGGUGCACACAAUGUUUACUAAUAGAGCGGGUCGUGUUAUACUCGACAAGGGGACUUUGAAUGAUGACGUUCGUCGUGUUAGACCAACCGCUUCUGCACGGGCUCACCAUGCUCAACAUGAACAGCGAAGAUUACGGAAGCAACAAGCAGAAGAGGCCCAACCUGAAGAGGUCCAAGCGGAAGAGACCCAACAGGAUGAAGCAGAUGACGGAUAUCCUGGUGGUCCAGUUGACAGGUCUGUCCUAAGGACAUAUGGGGAUCAUGUUGCGACACGACUAUGGGACGGCGUGGAUCGCGAAGAGUUAAGGGUUUUUAGCAACGGUAAAAAAUUAAAAGAAGCUAUUAUUGAAAAUGAAGAGCUACAAGAUGAUCGACAAAGGUAUAAUUUCUGCCUUUGUCGAGAGAUGGCAUCGCGACACAAUAGCUUUCAUCUUCCAAUUGGAGAGAUGAUCAUUACUCUGGACGGUGUCUCCUCGCUGCUGCAUAUACCCAUCACCGGUGCAUUCUUCAGCGUUAGUAUAUUUAACAAGGAUGACGCUGCAAAAUUAUUGGGUGAGCUUCUUGGGAGACCUCAACUCAUGUGGGGAUAUGCAUGGGGUGUUGUUGCGCUUGCUUACCUAUACGACAAUCUUCGAGAAGCGAGCAUGCAUCAGACUGGAACGGUAUCAGGGUAUCUAACACUAUUACAGGUAUUUGCGCUUGCUUUUGUGGUCUGA